AUGAAACCGUCGAUAGUUCCGCACGCCGACAUGGCCACCGUAGUUAGAGUUCGACGCAAAAGAGAAGUCGAAAAGCCCGAUUCUCUUGUAAUUUCUUGCAAAAGACAGCGCAUAGAUGACUCAAGUGAAAGUCAAAACACUAUAGAAGCUUCUGAAAUCAAAACAACAUUUAAAUAUGCUGGAACCAUUGAAGAAAAGACUGUGUCAGUAGAACGAGUUAUUGUUGGUGCUGUCAGGAAGAACAAACUCGAGAAGGAAUACAAGCACCACCAGGUCAACAUUCCAGCUAAAGUGAGGCUUGAGCAACGAAUGGUUGCAAAAUCAACUCGAUACAAACUGACCGCACAGAAAAGAGAUAUCAAAGUAUUGGAAAAAGACGAUGGUGACAACUUAAUAGCUGGUGCUGCUUCUGCAAGUGUGGUUUCUGACAAAUGUGGCCAAGAUGGGCAGUUCUGCAUCUUUGACAUUGAAGAAGAUGGAGAAGAUUUUUCUGUUAUUUCACAGGUUACUUCAGCAGCUGCAGAUUCUCAAACCGUUAUGUGUAACAAUACUCCAAUGAUCCGAGAAAAGGUUUCGCAGACAACUGUAGGGAGUUAUGUGUAUGACUUGUACUAUGUAAAUACUCCUGGUUUUGAUCAUGGACUAUUGGACAACAUCAUGACAGUGCAAGCAUAUGACGAGGAAUUCGUCUACGAUGGUUACCGAGAUGAUGAGCCCCAGGAGUACUAUGAUGAAGAGGAUGAUAGCAAUGAUGAAGGCAACUGGAGAAAUGACUACCCAGAUGAGGAUCCACUUAUUUAUGAAAAUGAGGAUGCCGAGUAUGGUUAUGGGGAUGAUGGAACUCGUGGUUUCGAUAGUGAUGACAAUCUUACAGACAUGGUGAAUGCCAAAUGUAGAUUAGAUACGCAAGCGGAUGUCCAACUCCAAACUGGUGAUGCAGACCAAGUAGUGAACGUGGCUGAUGAUGAUGGAGAGGAUCUUGCAUACAUGGGUGACUCCAGAUUUGGUGUCCGUGUAAAUGCAAAGAGGCUGCAGCUCGCGGAAAAGAUGAGCAGGACUGCAGAAAAGCUCGCGCUGACCUUGCUGGAGUUGCUGGUCAGUAAGGAAACCAGAACCUGUCGAUAUAUUGCAAGCAGCAGAACAAGGUGGCCCUCGAUGUGA